GGUCAUUUGAAGUGCCCCAUAUGAAUUGAUUGUUAACAUAAGCUUUUACCAUUUCGAUAACCCAAUAGAUAGACAUAUUUUGGAAAAUAUGUAGUAUGUAGUAGUGUACAAAAUACGUCGAAUCAAAUUUGUAUAAUUUGGCAAAAUAAUAAAAAGAAAAAUAUUCAGUAUUUCGAAAUGGAAUUGAUAUAAUACGAAAGUAUCGUAGUGUAAAUCAGUUUUAAGUUAAUUGAAGAGAUUCUAUGAAUUACUUACAUGACAAAUCUUGGAGAGAAAAUUUUAAAUAAAACUGUUGAAUCGUUUGUUAUUGUGUUGUAUCACACACCUUUUUUAAGUCAUGAACUCAGAAUUCCCAACUUUACAGAAUUCCAGUCUCUACCAAAGAACAUCUUCCGGCAACCCGUGGAAAUUGCCUCUGAAAGUAAUAAAACUCUUCUUUCUCUGUAUUCUUAUACCUUGUUUCCUAAUCGGCAUGCCGCUCUAUUUACGUUUCCGCGUUUAUAAUCACCAGUUGUAUCCUUUAGCUAUGUCGGAUAUGAGACUGAUCGAUAAUAAAGUUUCUACCACUUGGUGUCAAAGUCAAAAAGUCAGCGUUAAUGCAACUUUCAACGCGUUUUUGUUGUCAAAUACACCCGAGAUGUCUGAACACAAAAAACCGAUGUCGAUGAUUAGAGAAUUGGAUCUAGAAGACGACACGAAAGAAUAUUGGGGAUUUUAUUUACUAAAAGGAACAUCUGUGACUGUCUCGACAUGCGUAAGAUGGCCAGGCGCUUCUCUGAUAAUGAUUAGAGGACACAAACACCUCCACGAAUGCGCUUACAUCGGUGAUAAUUCCUCAGAAGAGCUCGAAGAACAAAUGGAAGCAAUCCGUGAACACGCCAUCGUUGAAUCGGAUGAAAAAAAAGCCGAUCAACCGGCGAACAUACCUGAAGCGAUGAAAAGGCACAGGCCAGAAGUGGAAUUCCACACUACCUAUCAUCAAAACAAAAGUCUAGCUUUGGAAAAAAGCGUCGAAAACAUUGAAAUUACCGAUAUGAAGGAUAUGAGGAAGAUCCUAUUAGCAUUACAAGAAAGAACGGAAGUAUAUAAGAGUAAAACAUCUCCAAACCAUGUCCACAGAAACUCGACCGUCGCCCAAGGUGAAACGUACAAUUUCAAAUUUAAUAAACCAAAAAACAUAACGUCUUCUGAGGAAGCAAUGAACGACAUUUUAUCUAAAUUGACGAGAAUGGGGGAAAAGGGGCAACAAGUUUUAGAUCGGGUGAAUUCGAAAUACAACAAACAAAAUAAAAGUAACGUAUUCCAAAUAAAAUCGAGACAUUAUUCGAAACCGAUAGUAAAUUUCAGCGACGAUAUAGAUAGGUCAAGGAAGAGAAGAAAACGGGAAUUAAUAAUUUCACAAGCUCUCGCUAAUAAUGAAGACGAUAGAGAUAAUGAUUUUGGCAUGGAGGAGGAGGAAUUUCAUCCUGACGGAAUUGCUGAUCACAGAGGAAGCUUCAAUGAAACAUCUCUCAACGAUAUGAGUAAUAGUGAAUUUUGGUCUUCGUUUUCGAGUUCCGAGGAAGCUUUACUGAAUUGCGCAGGUCUGAUAUUGAAUUUACCUCUAUUACCGCAUAGAAAAUGUGUACGUGAAACCGUAGACGAAGAAAGCUCUAGAGACAACACUAUUACCUAUAAAGUGCCCGUCAACGGUUAUUACUUUUUCGUUUUCAACAGCGAAAACGAAGUACAAACAAAUUACGUGAGAGUUAAAUUCGACAUUGAAAAAACCGUCUACAACGUAUCAAAUUCGGUAUCGAAAUGUAUUAACGUGUCGGAGAGCUGUUCCUUGGACUUGACAUUUUUUUCGCAUCAAAAAUUGGUACUCGAAUUACCUUUGCAGAAUAAUGAAACGCUUUGGAACGAAGAGUUCGUAGUACUUUCCGAAUGCGAGCCCCGUGGCGCCAUCUACGCCAUUUUUGUGAUACUAGUACCUAUUAUAUUUAUAUUUUUCGCGUUUUCUUAAAAAUAAGAUUCUCCUUUUUUUAUGAAAUUUCGUAUAUUUAUAAGAUGGAAACGUUUGUCGAAGUUACCUUUAGAAGAUAGUAAACUUGUCCUUUAUCGAUAAAAUUGUGAGUUUUACAGAUUAAUAACUAAAAUCGGUAGAUAAUAACACAGGUCACAGUUUAUCUGUGUGUCUAUCUGAUCUAUGUACGAUCUAUACUAUUUAUCAAAUCUGUACUCAUAUAUUUUUGAGAUGAUUUAGAAUUUCAAACGAUAUAGUUAAGUUUCCUUGUAAGAAAAGAUUUAUUGUUUUAAAUUUAAUAACAAUAAAAAGUGUUUAGAAUCAAAACGUUACCUAUGAGAAUAGAAACGACAUUUAAUGUUUUCAGUUACAGUGUGCGUUUCCCAAAAUGAUUAAAGACUUCUUUAAUUCAA